GUAAGUUAGUCUAUCCAAUCAAAAUAGUUUUAACAUAGAAAAAUGGCAGAAUCAUAACACAUGUGCAAUAUAACUGAAUAAGCAAAAUGACAGAUUUUAAAGAAGAGCAAAACAACGAGAUAGAAGCUUUAGAAUCAAUAUACCCAGAAGAAAUCGAAGUGCUGAAGACAGACCCUUACCAUGUAUUUACCAUUACAAUUUGUUCCCAAGAAACGGACCAAUCAGAAGACGAGGAUCUAGCUUCCUGUGUGAUUCAGUUUUCAUAUGUAGAGAAAUAUCCUGAGGAACCUCCUUUAUUUGAAAUAGUUGACAAUGAAAACCUUGAAGAUGACCAGAUAGAGGAAAUUAUCAGUCUUAUUAAUGAACAGAUAGAGGAAAACAUUGGAAUGGUAUUAGUGUUUACAAUUGUGUCUGCCAUUCAGGAAAAACUGACAGUGAUGGUGGAGGAUUCAAAGCGGCGGAAACAGGAAGAGAUUGAGAGGAAGAAGCGGCAGCUAGAGGAGGAGGAACAGAAACGCUUCGAAGGAACCAAAGUCACAGUAGAAACAUUUUUAGCAUGGAAAACAAAGUUUGAUGCAGAAAUGGCAGAAAUGAAAAAAGAAAAGGUUCAUAAAGAAAAAACGAAGGGCCUUACUGGAAAGGAAAUGUUUAUGAGAGAUGAGUCGAUGGCAGAUUCAGACUUAAAACUUUUAGAGUCAGAGGAGGAAGGUGUAGAAGUGGAUGAAUCCCUCUUCCAGGACAUGGAUGACCUUGACAUGGAUGACGACCUUGAGGAUGCGGGAGAUUGAUGACAGUUUAUAAUUUAGCUCAUUAAAUUUGUUUAUAACUUA